AUGUCGGAUGCUCUUCGCCGAGCUUUAUUAUCUAAAGUAGAACAGGCAGACUCAGUUAUACAUUCUGGAACCAAUUCUGGAACCAAUUCGAAAAAAGGGACAUCGCUGUUGGCUCCGGAAGCUGAUUUUUCAAUAGAUCUGCCGAGUUGGAGAGACUUUUUCGAUCAAAAUGAGACCUUUUUGAUCAAAGAUGGCACGUACAGUUUCAAUGCGUACUUCAGCUUACCAAAGGCUGAAAGCUUUCCAAAGAACUCUACAAGCCAAAACAUUCCUAUCUUUAUCUUCCAUCAUGGUGCAGGCUCUUCGGCAUUGAGUUUUGCGCCUCUAGCACAAAGUCUAAACGAAAAACUCGGAAAUCUAUGUGGGACUUUUACCUUUGAUGCUCGCGGACAUGGUCAAACGAGAACGCCAGAUGCUACUACUUUCCGUUUAGAAGAUUUCGUUUCGGAUUUUUGUGAGAUUUUGGAGCUUUUCAAAAAGCGCUAUCUCGAGAAGUUAUUCACGGAGUCAAGCUUUAGCCUCAUCCUAGUGGGCCAUAGUUUGGGAGGCAGCAUAUGUUGUAGUGCAUUUGAGCAGCUGGACCAGUCCUUGCGCCAAAAAAUCGUCGGCGUGGCAAUGCUGGACAUUGUAGAAGAAGCAGCCAAAAAGGCUUUGAGUACAGUUGAUACGUUUCUAAUCAAGACACCCAACGUAUUUCCAGAUUACAAGGCUGCAAUUGAUUGGCACGUCCAAAAAAAGCUUUCUUCUUUAGAAACUAGUGCCCAAAUCAGCAUUCCAAGCCUUUUCACUCCAAGCAAAUCUGGAAAAGUGACGCGCAUAACAAAUCUGCACACAUUCCGCCCCUUCUGGAAUACAUGGUUCACAGGCCUUUCUUCCAGAUUUGUUAAACUGCCAACCAGUAAACUUUUAAUUUUAGCCGGUGACGAUAACUUGGAUCGUGAGCUGAUCAUAGGUCAAAUGCAAGGUAAAUUCCAACUAGUUGUCUUCCAAGAUUCUGGCCAUUUUAUAGAGGAAGACUGCCCUGCUAAAACAGCUUUAACCCUAAUCGAUUUCUGGAAACGCAACGACGUUAAAAACGUAGUCAUAAAGACCAAUUGGUCCAAGAAAACUUCUCCAGUUCCGUUAAAGUAA